UUUAGUUCAGUUCACAACCCUCAACGUUUCAUAAGGAUACUUGUAGUAUUUGGUUAGCUUUGAUGUGAGAGUUCAAGUGGAUUACAUCUUAUUUGGCUCAAAUUUACGUAUUUUACUCUUGAGUAGAGAUUUGCUCCAAGAACUCAGUUAAUCCAGUCUUAAAACCGGAUAGGGAGGGAUUAACCUAUGGGAUUAACGGCCAUUCACGUUUUUCACGUUUCGUCAUAUCCUGCACCUGAAUUUCACCUGAUUUUAGGGUUGUCUAGACUCCACAAUCCACACAGACCACAGUCACCACUCACCACACAUUCCCAUUGAUGCUCAAGCUAGUUGGGCGUUGGCAUUCCAGAUAUGAUUAAUAGUUUAUUGCAAAUUUCUCUAGCCAUAAUUGAAAAAAAAUUUUUAUCAUUUGCAAGCACAUCAAAUACUAUAAACAAUCCUACAAAUUAUCCUGUAUUUUUCUUCACAGGACUACUAGAGCAGCCUGGAUUCCCAUCAGGGGUGACUCCAACAAUAAUACCAUUCAAGCUAUUAUUGUUGGGUAAAUCUUCUGUUGGAAAGACCAGCACAGUUGCUAAGCUAGCUGGAAAGGAACUUCCAACCAUGUAUAAUGAAACACCUGGUAUUCAAACAACUUUGAUUUACUGGCCUGUCAAGCUGUUAUCCUCGUCAAAUGUUGUGUUAUUUAAACUGCAUUUCUGGGAUGUUGGUGAUUAUGCUUUGAAAAAAUUUGACCAUAUUAAAACAGCUGGACAAUCAGAUAUGGAUGCCGUCAUAUUUUUCUUCUCGUUUAUAGAUAGAUCAAGUUAUGAUGAUUUGCCUUACCUAGUGACAAGAACUUGUGAUGAACUACAAGACAUAGCUAAAAUAACCAUCGGGACGAAGUUUGACCAAGUGCUCCAUAGUGAAGUUACCGAAGAAGAGCUUAGAGAUUUCCAAGAACAAUGGCAUAUUCCUAUUUAUAAAAUUUGUAACAAUGAAGGUCGCAAGUUAGCCGAUGGAAGUUUAGAUGGCAGAGCUGGGAUCGUGGAGGUGGCACCCAUCCUGAACGCGAUCACAGAAGUGCUAUGGAGACACGCGAAUGAAAAAAGAAAAGCCGUUCAAGAAAAAUCGCCAAAAAAGCGUCCGCCCGCAAGCAAUCCUGAUUCAAGCGCGACGAACAUAACUUCACAGGAUCACCACCAGAUAACUAAUAUUUAGAAAACAACAACAAAAAACUUC